CGAUAAGAAGACACCAUUCACAUUCAGUCCAAUCUACAGUGAACACCUAUCUGACAGCAAAAGACGAGUACAACACAAGUAAGAUGAAAGUAUUAUUGUUUUCGUUGUGCGUGUUCGCGUUAUGUGCUAAUAGUUUCGCAACAGAAACCGCCAAGAAGGUGGAUGAUAAGAAAGUGUCUUCAGAUGACAAGAACCAAGGUAAAAGGAGUUUGUAUGAUACGGGCUACGGCUAUGGUGGUGCCGUGAGCACCAGUUUCGAACAUGGAAGUUUCGAUGCAAGUCACGGAAGUUUCGGUUCAGGAUUCGGAGAUUUUGAUACUAGCCAUAAGAAUUACGCUAAUUACGAAGAACACGUGCCCACCAAGACCAUAACCAAAAACGUGCCACAACCAUACCCCGUUGAAGUGGCCAAACCUUAUCCUUACCCAGUCAAAGUUGCCGUACCAGUUGACAAACCUUAUACCGUGGAAGUCCCUCAACCAUACACAGUUCAUGUUGCCAAACCUUAUCCAGUCACUGUGAAAGUGGCCCAACCAUAUCCUGUGGUCAAGGAAGUGCCAGUACCUGUCAAAGUGCACGUCGACCGUCCAUACCCCGUGCACGUCAAUAAACCGUACCCCGUGUACGUCAACAAAGAAGUCCCGUAUCCUGUAGAGAAACACGUUCCGGUAGCAGUCAAAGUGCCAGUAGACCGUCCGUAUCCAGUGCACGUACCCGUCGAGAAGAUCGUUCCGUAUCCAGUCGAAAAACCCGUCCAUUAUCCGGUCAAGGUCCCCGUCGACCGCCCUUACCCAGUGCCCGUCGAGAAAAAAAUUUUGUACCCAGUAGAAAAGCCAGUGCCAUACCCAGUUGAGAAGACAGUGCCCUACCCAGUCCAUGUACCCUACAAAGUCGAAGUUCCAGUAGCAUACCCAGUCAAGUCGUAUCAGCAAAACCAUUACCAACAACACGACUACCACCAUGGUAGCAGCGGAUAUUGAUGUGCCUAAGACGCCUAACACCGUCGUCUCAUCCAAAGUCUCUAUACAGGUAAACACAUAAUGACAGAAUCGAUAGUAUUUUUUUUUAAUUUUAAGUUAGUAUAGAAACACUAAUGUAUAUAGAGACGCUAAUACAUAAUCAUACGUAUACACUUCCGUCGCUCGUUUAUCAAUAGUAUAAUUUGUAGAAAAAAAAAAUAUGUAUAUUAUUUAAUGUUCCUUGUGAUUUUUGCAUCCGUUUAAGUUAUAUACUUAUAAUACGAAAAUAUCGCGUUCACUAAUAAUCAUUGUAUGUACCCAUUCAAUCAUUUUUAAUUUCUUUUUUUUUACAAUUAAAUAUUUAUCUAUGAAUCAAAGAUGUAAAAAAGUAAAAAAGUGUGUAAAUAUAUGUAUCACAAUAAAAACUAUUAAGUACCUUAAUAAUAUGUUAUUCGUGGUUUAAUGUUUAUUAUCAAUCUAACUAGAAUGUUUUAUAUUAUGUAUGCUGGACGAUAGUACACUAUAUUAUUCAUACUUUUCAUAAUAUUUUAGAUUUUACUUAUGUCAUUAUAGUUUGUUCUAUAGUAGUUAAAAUUUUAAUAUUAUUUUAAUUUAAAAUAAAACCAUUAGUUCCCUCGUAAUGCUCCGAAUCUAAAAAAUUAAGUGGGAAGUUAGGAAGGUAGGAUAGUUAAAAUUAUUUAAUUUAUAUUUGUAAGCAACAGAAAACCAUUGCUAGUGAAAUACGAUUCCAAGCGAAGUUCAGUUAUGCAUGUUUUGAAAUACGGUAACGAAUUUCAUCAAAAUUUUAUCUUAAAACGAUUAUUAAAAAUCGUUAGGUGCUCAACCUUUUUUGUAUCACUAAGUAAAACUUAUAAUGAAUUUCGUGUUAAAUUUUCAAGCAUUUCUGAUCGGUUAAACAUUUGUAUUCAUAUAGUAUCUAACAAAGAAAGCUACCUAGGUAUUUUAUAUUUUCUAGUUGUAUAAUAUAAAAUACCUAUAAAUAUUUCAAUAACAUUUUUAGAAUAUUUUUAAAACAUCUAGAAUAGGCAAAUAUAAGUUUUUUUUUAUCAAAACUUCAAAUCUUUAUAAAUAAUUUAAUUGAAUAACAACAAAAAAGACGGACAAAGUUCGCACGUGGGUGGGUCAAUGUUAUAGGUGAGAAGUUGGAAAGGUAAUAGACAAGAAGGUUAGGUUGGGUAAAGUUAGGUAGUAGAGAGAAAACUUAAUGUAUACAUCUGUACGCAAUGUAUGUAUCUGACAUCUGUACGCAACGAUUAAUCAUUGCUAAUGAAAAAACGAUUCUGAGCAGAAUUCGGUUGAUAGUAUUGCUUUGUCAACAAUAUAUAAUAUGUCAUAUUAUGAUAAAAUAAUUACAUAAAAUGCAUUAUAUAUUUUCUUUA